AUGCCUAACAGUAACAUCCCAACAGGAGUUUCAGCAAGCAGCAAGGCAGUGCACCUGUUGGUUUCAGAAGAGAAUCGUGCAUUGGUUACUCUGGGAGCUCCAAAUUUGGAUCCGCCAGUUAUUGAAGCUCCAGCUUUGGAUGCCGCGGCUUUUAAUGCGUUUGCUGCGAUGAUUUGUACUUCUUCUCAUCAAUUUGGGGUGAAUACCCUUAAAAAACAGCCAUCUUUAUCAGCAUCAUUUCCAUUACCUCCAGGACCAUCACCUUGGCCAAUUUUGGGUAGUAUACCCGCUUUAGUUCGAAAUAAGCCAAGAUACAAAUGGAUACUAGGUCUAAUGAAAGAAAUGAAUACUGAAAUCGCAUGCAUUCGUCUUGGGAACGUUCAUAUAAUUUCCGUGACUUCUCCAGAACUUGCUCGAGAAUUCUUGCAAAAACAAGAUGCAGUAUUUGCAUCAAGGCCUAGAACAAUGGCUACUGAGCAUUUAAGUCGUGGGUUCUUAACUACUAUUGUUACACCAUGGGGAGACCAAUGGAAGAAAAUGAGAAGAGUUGUAACUUCCGAAAUGGUCAGUCAUGCUAGACUGGAAUGGCUUCUCGGGAAGAGAAAUGAGGAAGCUAACAACCUUGUGUUCUAUGUACAGAGUCAGUGUAAUAAAAACUCAUUGAUUGGAGGUGAAGUGAUCAAUUUAAGAUUACUAACGAGGCAAUUCAGUGGGAACAUAAUUAGAAAAAUGAUUUUCAAUAAUAGAUAUUUUGGCAAGGGAAGGAAAGAUGGAAGACCCGGCAUUGAAGAGAUAGAGCAUGUUGAUGCAGCUUUUGAAGUCCUAAUAUAUGUUUAUGCUUUUGGCAUACAAGAUUAUUUGCCUUGCUUGAGAUGGUUAGAUUUAGAUGGCCAUGAAAAGAUUAUCAAGAGAGCCAUGGGGGUUGUGAAUAAAUAUCAUGAUCCAAUUAUUGAAGAACGGAUUCGACAACGGAGCAAUGGAACUACGAAGAACAAAGUGCCUGAAGAUUUGCUAGACGUGCUUAUUUCGCUCAAGGACGAAAAAGGGAAGCCGUUGUUAUCAGUAGAGGAGAUCAAAGCUCAAGUAGUGGUAAGAUUGUUUAUUUGUUUUACAGACAUAUUUCUCUCCUUUUAAUAAUAUCUUUGCGUGUGUGAUUUA